AUGGACGACCGAAUCAAGCACCAUUUGGACCGAAACACUGCAUGGGGCAUUCUAAACGAAGGGGGAGUCGAGAACAUACGACUAAACACUCCAAAUGAGCGAGAAGAGUCCGUUCGAAAGUUCCUCGCUUUGGGCAAAAAGUCGGAAUCGCUCUUCACCCUCCUUAGCGUUUCCAAACACGACGCUCUGAGAAGAGAUGUCGUCGCUAAACUGGCCGAAAAGAAGUGUACAGAGGCGAUGGAAACGUUUCAGCAGGCGCCGGAUGAUUUUAAAGGAACCAUUCUUGAGGAGGUUCUCUCUCUAGCUGCGGUUAUGCCAAGUAAUGAACCGAUUAGAAAUUCGUUCAUCACUUUUUUAAAAUGCAACAAGUCCUUGUUCAACGAGACUCAAGAAAUGCGUUUCCCCUUGCUCGUGCCUGAAGUAAAGGAGGAAGAACCUGAACGACCUCUUUUGGAAGAUUUUCUCUGGGAUCGAUCCUUCACCGAUUCUCUCGAUGGCGCGUUGAUCCAUGCUUUGACGCUCAAGAAAAUGAUUGGCGAGCACGAGGCCGAUGUCAACGAUGGUGCCGCUCCUGCGAGGGGAAAUCUAACAGUAGCCAAUUUGAACAUCACUUGCGCCGGGCCAAAGACCUCAUCUUCGAAAGCGAAAGUCCAGCGCUUCUGUCGGCGUCUUGAGCUGGCCGUCCACGAAUAUUUGAAGUCAUACGACCGUUCUUGCUUCGAAACGCCUUUUCAAAAAGUAACAGACGAAGACUUUUCGACAGAUCUUCUCAAACUCAACUUCGAAUGCCUGAGAGCCGAGCUACUAGGCACCGAUCAGCAAAGAAUGGAUGAACUCAUCAAUAACGUUAUUGAGGACUCUGUCAGGAGGAAAAUCAACGAGGACGUAAUGACGAGCAAUUUUGAAACACAAGAGCGGAUAUGCAAACUGGGAAUCAAAUAUUUCAAAAACAAUCAAGGAUAUGCCGCUGCUUUCAAACAAACUCUUAUGAUGGGCUCUUGGUCGCUAAACCUGAGAGACUACCGCGACGAAUACUGCCUCAAGCUUCUCGCCAAGCCGCAAAUACCCUUCGAAACAGUCAACGAAUACAUCGACGCUUUCCAGAUUUCAAGGAACAACAUUUUAUACAGAUUCCUGCAAUGGCAAUUCGUCGGUGAAGAUUCUGGCAUUGAAUCGAGUGCGCUUGUUGUCUCGCAUAAGCCGAAAAUUGAACUUUUAAGCUACACCAAGAGCAUCAACUCAAGCUGGAAAAGCAUCGAGCCGCGAUUGAGAUGGGCGCUGCGCAACUUUAACAUAAAAUCGCCUAUCAAAGAGCUUCUGGAGUGGCUUGGUCUGACCGUACGCACAAGCUACCAGCGAAUUCGAUUUCUUCUCGAGGAAAUUAUUUUCAUGAAGAAAGGCAAUCCAGAAUUAGAGAGCGAUUCGCGCGCGGAGCAAUAUUUAAACGACUUGGAAGAGUUCGAAAAGUACCGGCUUCUAAAAUCGACCGAUGAAUGCGACCGUCUUCCAUUCCACUGGAUAGCUAGCGAGAAGCCGAAAAUGCUUGAAGCAAUCCGGAAGGAGUGUCUCCCAACCAACUACGAGAAGAUCAUUUGGGUCGCAAAGACAAGCAUUGUUGGGCUGAGCGAAGCAGAUGUCAAGAUGAAUUGCGUCAAAAAUCUUGUCACGAAGAUGCGGGGCGUAAGAUCUGAUGAAGGAACAGAGCUGAAUUCUCUUUUAGCGGUUCUAAAGAUUGGGUCGACCGCAAGAGAGCAAAUAAUUGGAGAGCUAUCACUCAAUUGCCAUAUGUACAUGCACACGGCUCGUUGCAUCGAUAAACCAGCUCAAGCGUCAAAGUUUCUCAAGGAAGCACUCAAAGACCUGGAGCAAUACCGUGGGAUAAUUGCUGAAAUUGCCGACAUAAGCCAGAAAUACCAGAGCUUGCGCGACUACUCGAAUCUGAUUGAAACCAAGCAGGUCUUGUCACGAAAUCAUUUUUACGAUGAGAAGACGCGGUCGUUCUUCAAUGAGGGCAGACAAGCCCUAUCUUCGAGCACAAUUCUAUCUUUAUUUUUACAGCUAUUCGAGGAUACAAGCAACAACAAAAACGACCUCGGAUUAGUGCUCACAGAGGUUUGCAAAAAUGCGGACAUCCCCGUCGCCGUUGUUUAUCAAAAUCUCGUCGAAACGUGGCUGAAUAUGACCCCGAUCCCAGUCCGAAAUAUCGUCGGCAUAUCCUCAAUCUGGGACAAGACAAAAGUAGCCAAGGCACUCUUCAACCAAGCGUACUCUGGGUCGCUGGAGCAGCGCUGCGAAAUCAUGGAUCAUCUUCUCAAAUCUUUCGACGAAGAGGAAAUGGCCGAGAUCGCGAAUACACUCGGGAUGGAUUCGGCCGGCUUUGGCUCCAAAAAGCGCUCAUCAAGCAAACUCAAUCCUGGAAAGAUCAAUGCCGUCUCAAGGUACUUGGCAUGA